AUGGACCAGCAAUUUUGUUUGCGCUGGAACAAUCACCCAAACAACCUCACUGAUGUCCUAGCAAGCCUUUUACAGAGAGAAGCACUAUGUGAUGUCACACUGGCAUGUGAUGGUGAAACAGUCAAGGCACACCAGACGAUUCUCUCAGCAUGCUCCCCCUAUUUCGAAAGUAUAUUCAUGCAAAACUCACAUCCGCAUCCAAUUAUAUUCCUAAAAGAUGUGAAAUUCUCAGAAAUAAAGUCAUUACUGGACUUCAUGUACAAGGGAGAGGUAAAUGUUGGCCAAAAUAUGCUACCGAUGUUCCUAAAGACUGCUGAAAGCUUACAAGUACGGGGUUUAACAGAAAAUAAUACAUUACACCCUAAGACGGAAGAGCGGUCAACGCCAUCCGUGAGUGCGGAGAACCUGUCAUCACGUGGGGACUUCGCCACUCCGCCAGUUGCGCAUGCGGCGGGGGCUCCGCUGACGCCACUUGGGGCUCCGCAGCCCGCGCCCCACGCGCCCCAUGCCGAAAAGAGACGCAGGAAGAACUCCACUGUGCCAAGAGAAGAUAUCGAUUUAUCUUAUCGUCCAUACGAAGGUCAAGUGAAGAACAGCAAAGGCUCAACGGGCAGUGGCUCGGAGCCUUCGACGCCGCCGCCCGCCCACGCGUUGCACGGACGCGCGGCAAGAUCGCCCGCCCACACGCCCCUCGUCAAACAAGAGCCGGAUUCACCCUACCAUCACACGAUGCACCCCCCAAACUACGACCAGACUCAUCUGCCGACAAUGGAACGCAUGAACGAGAUGGCGGUGAUGCUCACUCCACACCAACUCGCAAAUGAAUGCAACGACACAGAGCAGAUCAUGCCUCCUCACCCUGACCAAACAGACACCAUUGAUGGUGAAAGCUAUGGCGACGAAAACUAUAAACCUCGUGACGCGUUCGCCCAGAACACGACAAAUAUAGAGAAUAUCGUGAAGUCGUUUAAAAUUGCAAUGAAUCACAAGUCAUAUAAUAUGCCGAUGUCGUGCAAAGUAUGCGGUAAACGUGUCACAAAUAUAAAGAAACAUAUGAAAUCUCACAAUCCCGAAAAGCACAAGUGCCCUUUGUGUCCCAUCAUACUGACGCGAGCUGAUAAUCUCAAACGACAUCUCCGUAUGAAACACUGUUCUGUUCUAGGUUCGAAUAAUAUUGCCAAUAUACAGACCAAUAGUUGA